CUCAAGCACAUACAUUCCAGUCACACAGUUUCACUGAAACCAACCACUUGUCAACAUCUAUCUCUGUGGAUUUCACUUUUACCUACGGAUCCCAUCUCCUACAUAUGUGAACAUUCUCCACCUGCUGAUCUCACCCAAUUUAAAUGUGGAAACUCAACUUUAACCUUUUACUUGUCUGUCACACUUUUACCUGUGGAUUUAAUCUUUAGACCUCACUUUAACCUUCUGACACCCCCUUUUAAAUCUGUACUGCUCAUUUACCUGUGGAUCUCACCUGAGGACCUCACCUUUAGGGAUCUCACUUCUACCUGAGGAUCUGACUACUACUUGUCCCAGGAGAGAUGUCUCGUCGUGCCAGUACCUUGGACCUGGACAUUACCAGCAAGUACAGUACUUUGGGAGGGCAGGCCCAAAGGCGCUCCACUACCCUGAGUUCCCAGGCUCAGCCCAAAACCUCCAUGCCAGGCGAUGUCCUUUGUGACUUCUGCACCACUCGGAAACAAAAGGCUGUGAAGUCCUGCCUACUGUGUCUGGCCUCCUACUGUGAGACCCACCUCCAGUCCCACUAUGAGUACCCAGCCUUGAUGAAACACAAGCUGGUGAAGGCUACGGGCCAGAUGAGGGAGAAGAUCUGUGCCCAGCACGACAAGCUGCUGGAGGUGUUCUGCCGCACAGACCAGACCUCAGUCUGUGUCCUCUGCAUGAUGGAUGAACACAAGCGCCACGACACUGUGCCGGCUGGCACCGAGAGGAUUGAGAAACAAAAACAGCUGGGGUCCACUCUAAUGAAGUCUCAGCAGAGGAUUGAUCAGAGAGUGAAGAAGUGGACAGACCUUCGCCAGGCUGUGGAGUCAGUCAAACACUCUGCACAGGCGGUGUUGGAUGAGAACGAACGUAUCUUCACAGAGCUGCUGCGCUCCAUAGAGAGAAGGUACAUAGAGGUGAGGGAGCUGGUGCGAGCCCAGGAGAAGACCACAGUGAUCCAGGCUGAGGGACUGUUGGACCGUCUGAAUGAAGAGAUAACUCUGCUGAGGAAGAAACACACUGACCUGGAGAAACUCUCCCACACUGAUGACCACAUACACUUCCUUCAGAGCUGGCAGUCUCUGUCUGGUCCCUCUGGGUAUGAGGAUCUAAACAAUGUCACUGUCGUUCCAUACUACUCCUUCGAUGGAGCCAAGAGAGCCAUCGCUGCGUUGAAGGUGCAAGUGGAGGAAAUAAACAAGACGGAAAUCAGCAAAAUCGCCUCAGCAGUCAAAGAGGUCCACAUUAUCCAACCACUAGAACAUAUGGCACAAGAAGAACUUGAAACCAAGACAAGAGAAUAUUCCGAACCUAAGACAAGAGAGGAUUUCAAGAAAUACCUGGUCCAGCCGACCCUGGAUGUCAACAGUGCCCACCCCAACCUGUACCUAUCUGAGGGCAACACUGUAGCCAAGAUGAUGAGCGAACCCAAGAACUACCCAGACCAUCCAGACAGGUUCGACCAUUGGCAGCAGCUGCUGUGUAAGGAGGGUCUGUCAGGGAGUCGCUGCUACUGGGAGGUGGACUGGAGAGGAACGGAGAUAGACAUCGCCGUCACCUUUCAGAGCAUCAACCGCAAGGGCAACAGCAACGAAUGCAGCCUGGGUUGGAACGACAAGUCCUGGAGCCUGUACUGCUCUGAGGACAAAUAUUCCUUUGUGCACAAGAACCAGAGCACAGAUAUAGCCAAGCCCAGGUCCUCAAGGGUAGGAGUGUAUGUGGACCAGAUAAAGGGGACUCUGGCAUUUUACAGUGUGUCUGAUAGCAUGAACCUCCUUCACAAAGUACAGACCACCUUCAUAGAGCCUCUCUACCCUGCCUUCAGUGUGUGGGGCUUUGGUUCCAGUGUGAAACUAGUGUAAUGAUUGAGUGGGAAACACUAAAUGGGGGUCUUGAACCAGCGACCCUAUGGUUACAGAGAAAUCUCACUAAAUCUGUGCCAUAAAGGUCCAGACCUCUUGAAGUUGUUGUAUGCUUACAUACAGGGAGGCCACCCUGUAUGAGCAUAUUGUUUGAAAUGUACCUGUAAAUAGAUUGAUGCUCAUUAUAAAGUGUGUAUAAUUCUGUCACUACAAUAGAUGAAUUACAUUUGAAUACCUAUGUAAUUGCAGAGAGAUACAAUGUUUUGUAUUUUAUGAAGAAAAAAAGGAGAAAAGAGUAAGCAAAUGUUUAGAAGCUUUAAGAUGAGUGAUGGGACGGAAUCUGCUCUGACAGUUCGGUGAGACCAUUACUGUUGGAUGUUAUUGGACCUUUCUGUCCUGUACUACUUACCUUUCUUUCCCUUUUAUUAUAAUCAGAUAUUGUAUAAUUAUAAUGAAUGUAAGAAAAGUGGACCCUACCGUAUGGUAUUCCCACUGGGCACAUAAUGUACUUUCAACAUGGAGAAUUGGGUAAUAUUUGAUUGUGAUGUUAAUAAAUGAAUUAACAACCAAAAAUCA